UCUUCGGAAACGAAACAUUGUUUUGAGGCGGGGCAUGAGUUGAUGCCUUAUAAACCUCUGAACGGUGCCAGAUUAUUUAGUUGUGAGUUCGGUCAGUGUGAUUCCCAUAAAAAAAACAAAACAAAAAACAAUAGGCUACUAUUCAGCGGAAGAUGUCAACAGCUCGUUUCAUGAUGGAGCUGGAAGUAACACGGCUGAAUGGAAAUAAGAAGCGUCUGACUGUGGACAGCAGCGCCACAGUUGGUGAGCUCAAGCAGCGCAUAUCGGAGGUCUUUAGAGAUCAUCACCCUUCUCAGCAGAAGCUUUCUGCUAAUAACGGUCGCCGGAUCGACCUUGAAGACGAUUCCAGAACCCUCAGUAGUUACGGGUUGCACUCAGGAUCCACGGUGAUGCUCCUCAUCAAGAACCCUGGACCUUUUCAGGUGUUCGUCAAGAACGAGAAAGGCUCCAUAGGAACUUACGAUGUUUCCAUUGAUGAGACCGUAGAGCAACUUCAGGAAAAGAUCUUCAACAAAGAAAGAGUCCCUGUGGAUCAGCAGAGACUGAUUUGCAACGGUAAACCCCUGGAGGCUGGAAAGAAGUUGCAAGAGUACGACAUCACAUCCCACAGCACCAUUCACAUGACUCUGCGACUCAGAGGAGGUUAAUGGAGAAAAACAGAUUUAAUUUUUUUAAUUAUUAUUAUUAUUAAUUUUAUUAUUAUUAUUAUUAUUGGUACUGAUUAAACGUGCCACAGUAGGCAAAAUAGUCCUAAUGAAAUGUAUUUGUUCAAUCAUAGAAGGUUUAGAAGUAAAAAACUAAAGCACUUUUUGUUUGUGGCUCUAGAUAAGAGUGGAGAUCAACCUCCGCUUUUUUAACCACAUGAGAGAGCGUUACUAGCAUGUUACGACAGUUAGUCGCCGUUUGCGGAUACCAUAUAGAUGAAUGGGGAGAGUCGUAAACUGACACCUUCCAGUCGCAAAAUUGUCUGUGUUUUCUCUUAUAAUACAGCAUUUAUCUUAUUAAACUCAACACAUAGUUCUUUCCAAAAAUGAUUGUUUAGUGUUAAACAUGUUGAAGAUUACCGGAAAAGCGGUCAAUUCAUUAAAUGAUUAGCUGUUUCCACACAAAAGCAGUUUAUUCAGCGUAAUGAAGCAUCUCCUCCAUAGACAUACAUAAAUAAGGAAAAACGUCAGAUUGUCUCCCCGCCUGUGUACCGCCCUAAAAUGUAUAUGGAUCGCCGCCCAUUUUCGCUCGAUGGAUUUCCGGUGGCGAAAAAUCUCCCCUCGCGGAUUUCGCGUGAAGUUCAAGUUUGAUGAACUUUGCGGCGAACAUUCGCCGCGUUGACCAAUAGGAAGUUGAUUGGUUCUGGCAUUGACCCCUGAGUUGGCAGUGCUUCGACACAGCUAAACUGAUUACACACAAUGGACAAGGAUAUAAUUUUAGCAGUGAGUUUCUUUUCAACUUUACUCUGCCAGAGUAUGAAGUGCAGCAUUAAAAAGAGGCUGCUUAGCAGUUAUAUUUGGCUGAAUUCACACGCGCUCAACAUCCGGCCAUGCCAUCUUCGCCCGCGGAAUUUCGCUAUGCAAAGGGUAUGUGUGACCGCGCCUUUAUCUUGUAGUGUCCCGUUUUUAGAAGGGUUCUAAUAAGAGUGUCUGCUUUAAAUGUAAAUAAAGUGUAAGUUAUAGGCCUAUUACACUCAGUAGUAGCAGAAUAUUGAGUUAAAAUCUGUUUUGCGAAUUUUGUCUGUUUUAGAUAUUUUCAUCUGGAAAGCAUCACAUUCUAAAUAACAUCUGCUAAACAUAUUAAAGGUGCACUCAGCGAUUACUGAGAAACACUGUUGACAUUCGAACUCAACUGCCAAAACAAACACACCCCUCCUUCAGUGCUCCUUUGGAAGCUCCGCCCCCCAAAUUUGACGCACACCAGCUUCAGACACUCACAACUCACAUGCUACUAAAUGCAACAUCACAACAACAGCAUAUAUGGGUUCUGUGAAACAUAGCACAAUUUAUGUUACCCACUUAUCGAGAAGGAAAGGAGCAACUUCUGCAUCCGUCUUCAAGCCUUUUAUCUCUCAGAGGUCUCUCCACUGCUGAAAAGCCUCGCUGAUGUUGACGUGGCUCCUAGCCCUCGACUUAUCAUAAUCCUUCUUUUUUAGUUUAUAUUCGUCUGACCUUUUACUCUUAGACUGUUUCUCAUUUGUCCUCCUUGGAGUUUAGAAAGUUCACAUCAGACAGAUUUGCUGUCGCUCUUCCAAUUAUUUCCCUCUUCCUCUGCCAAAAACAUCUACUGAAUGUCUUAUUGACAUCCGAGAGGAAACGUCUUUUAGACGUAUUGCAGAUGAGCAAACAACCGAAAAAAAUACAUCUUCCAGAUGUAAACACACAUCAAAUAGACAUCUAGGUGACGUACAUAUGCUAUCAGGAAUGCAACAAUUGUAUUAAUACAUGGAAUAAGCUAAAUUAUGUCUUUAUGUAAUCUAUAUAUUUUUUUCACUUUUUAUGUAUGAUGUUGAAUUAUAUUUUGCCUUGUAAAUAAAAUGUCUGAACUAAA